AUGCAGAUCUUUGUUAAGACUCUCACUGGAAAGACCAUCACCCUCGAAGUAGAACCAGCUGAUACCAUUGAAAAUGUAAAAGCUAAGAUCCAAGAUAAGGAAGGUAUUCCCCCAGAUCAGCAACGUCUUAUCUUUGCUGGUAAACAACUAGAAGAUGGCAGAACCCUCUCUGAUUACAACAUUCAGAAAGAAUCAACACUCCAUCUUGUACUUCGAUUGAGAGGAGGUAUGCAGAUCUUUGUCAAGACCCUCACUGGAAAGACCAUCACCCUCGAAGUAGAACCAGCUGAUACCAUUGAAAAUGUAAAAGCUAAGAUCCAAGAUAAGGAAGGAAUUCCCCCAGAUCAGCAACGUCUUAUCUUUGCUGGUAAACAACUAGAAGAUGGCAGAACCCUCUCUGAUUACAACAUCCAGAAAGAAUCGACACUCCAUCUUGUACUUCGAUUGAGAGGAGGUAUGCAGAUCUUUGUCAAGACCCUCACUGGAAAGACCAUCACCCUCGAAGUAGAACCAGCUGAUACCAUUGAAAAUGUAAAAGCUAAGAUCCAAGAUAAGGAAGGAAUUCCCCCAGAUCAGCAACGUCUUAUCUUUGCUGGUAAACAACUAGAAGAUGGCAGAACCCUCUCUGAUUACAACAUCCAGAAAGAAUCGACACUCCAUCUUGUACUUCGAUUGAGAGGAGGUAUGCAGAUCUUUGUCAAGACCCUCACUGGAAAGACCAUCACCCUCGAAGUAGAACCAGCUGAUACCAUUGAAAAUGUAAAAGCUAAGAUCCAAGAUAAGGAAGGAAUUCCCCCAGAUCAGCAACGUCUUAUCUUUGCUGGUAAACAACUAGAAGAUGGCAGAACCCUCUCUGAUUACAACAUUCAGAAAGAAUCAACACUCCAUCUUGUACUUCGAUUGAGAGGAGGAAUGCAGAUCUUUGUCAAGACCCUCACUGGAAAGACCAUCACCCUCGAAGUAGAACCAGCUGAUACCAUUGAAAAUGUAAAAGCUAAGAUCCAAGAUAAGGAAGGAAUUCCCCCAGAUCAGCAACGUCUUAUCUUUGCUGGUAAACAACUAGAAGAUGGCAGAACCCUCUCUGAUUACAACAUUCAGAAAGAAUCAACACUCCAUCUUGUACUUCGAUUGAGAGGAGGUAUGCAGAUCUUUGUCAAGACCCUCACUGGAAAGACCAUCACCCUCGAAGUAGAACCAGCUGAUACCAUUGAAAAUGUAAAAGCUAAGAUCCAAGAUAAGGAAGGAAUUCCCCCAGAUCAGCAACGUCUUAUCUUUGCUGGUAAACAACUAGAAGAUGGCAGAACCCUCUCUGAUUACAACAUUCAGAAAGAAUCAACUCUCCAUCUUGUACUUCGAUUGAGAGGAGGUAUGCAGAUCUUUGUCAAGACCCUCACUGGAAAGACCAUCACCCUCGAAGUAGAACCAGCUGAUACCAUUGAAAAUGUAAAAGCUAAGAUCCAAGAUAAGGAAGGAAUUCCCCCAGAUCAGCAACGUCUUAUCUUUGCUGGUAAACAACUAGAAGAUGGCAGAACCCUCUCUGAUUACAACAUUCAGAAAGAAUCCACACUCCAUCUUGUACUUCGACUGAGAGGUGGAAAAUAAUUUUGACAAAUUUAUCUUCAAAUCAAUUCAGUAUAGAAAUUAACCCUUGAAGCUGCUUUAAUUGUUUAUUAACUUAAAUUUUUAGAUUCAUUUGAUGGUGGGUGGGACAAAUUAGUAAUUUGAACACUGAGAACAAAUUAGUCAUUUGAUGAACACUGAGGACAAAUUAGUCAUUUGAUGAACAUUGAGGACAAAUUAGUCAUGUAGAUAAUAUUUUCAUUUGAUAGUGAGUAGGAGAACCUUGUCAUUUGAUGAUAAAUAGAAAAAUUUAGUUAUUUGAUGUCCAGUGAACAAAUUAGUUUUUAUACGCCCACAUGGAAAUGUGUUAUUGCCCUUGACUUGGGAAAAACUCUUCAAAAUUUGUUUGAACACAUUAGAGACUACAGAGUUCAAUUGAUUUUAAUGAAAUAUGGUGUGAUCAUUUAUAUUAAUGAUGUCUUGGUCAAGUUCGAAUUUAAUUUUUUUAUGAACAGUUUUUGAGUUAUUGCCCUUGACUUAAGAUACCCGCACCAAAGUUUGUUUGUGAACACAAUAGAGACUACAGUUUUCAAUUGAUUUAAAUGAAAUUUGGUUUGAUCAUUUAUAUUGAGAUCUUGGACAGUUCGAAUUUGAUAAUUCGAUGAACGAUCUUUGAGUUAUUGCCCUUGACUUACGAAAAAUGCUUCAAAGUUUGUUUGUGAACAAUUGGAGACUACAAGUUUCAAUUGAUUUUAAUGAAACAUGGUGUGAUCAUGU